AUGGCAACAAGCUUAGCAACGCGCGAGGGUUUGAGGCUCGUGCUGAUGAUGCUGGUGGGUCUCCAUGUCCGGCAGUUGGGGAUCAGAGGCGCGCGCGGCUCUACGGAUGUUGACGUCCUGCUGCCAUACGCUGAGGGCCAUGAUCCCUCCCACUGUCUUCGCUACACCAGGGACUACCAGUCAGUAACUCACGGCGAGGCGACGUAUCAGACCUGGCCUUCCAGCAGACACGAUAGACUCCCAGUGGCCCAGUCCACUGUGUUCAUAUCAGACAUGUCAGGCGGCGCUGACAGUUCCCGCUGGGUCCACGGUCACAUGACGGUGGUUCAAGACCCACUGAGGACGUUGUCGGUGUUGGAGCCAGGCGGGCCGGGAGGCUGUGAGAAGAACCCCAGGGUGACGGUAGAGGAGACGGCUGCACCUGCCGGGUGUCUGUACGCCCAGAACGCAGGCUUCUUCAACAUCACCACUGACAGAUGUGUGGGCAACGUGGUGAGCGACGGCAGAAUGGUGAGGGACAGCAAAGGAGUGCAAAACGCCCAGUUUGGCAUCAGGAAGGACAGCAGCUUGGUGUUUGGGUAUCUGUCACAGGAAGACGUUUUGGACCAGUCCAACCCGUUUGUGCAGCUCGUCAGCGGUGUGGUGUGGCUGUUGAGGAACGGCGAAGUUUACAUCAACCAGAGCCUGAAGGCCGAGUGCGACAAGAUAGUGGACAUGGAGGUGUUCCGCGAUUUUGUGGACGUGCGGUCAGCGAGGACGGCUGUAGGUCACGACGCCAACGGCAACGUGGUCCUGUUCCACGUGGACGGAGAGACCUUAAAAAGAGGAAUGAAUCUUUGGGAGGUGGCAGAGUUCCUGAAGAAUAACGGGGUGAUCAAUGCGAUCAAUCUGGACGGAGGCGGAUCGUCCAGCUUCGUGAUCAACGGCACGUUGGUCAGCUACCCACCUGACAUAUGUGAAUCAGACAGCAGGUGGCGCUGUGCUCGGCCCGUCUCCACCGUCUUGUGUGUCCACCAGCGGCGCUGCCGGCCGGCAGACUGCAGCGGACACGGAGACUGUGUGGCCGGACGCUGUCAGUGUCAGGAGGGCUGGCAGGGCGCCGCGUGUGACUCUCUGGUGUGUUCUCCGGCAGCCUCCGGUCCCCACGGUGUCUGCACCACCAAUGGAUGUCUCUGUGCUGCAGGAUGGAGAGGAGAGAACUGCAGUGAAAAAUGCUUGACAGGUUACUACGGCGACGGCUGCAGACACACCUGCUUUAACGGGGCUGUCUGUAACCACGACAACGGACACUGCACGUGUCCCUCUGGUUUCCACGGCAACUUCUGUGAACAAGUGUGCCCGGCAGGUCUUUAUGGUCUGUCCUGUGCAGAGGAGUGUCAGUGUGACGACCAGUGUCCAUGUGACCCGCUGACAGGAAGCUGCGCCUCUCUCAGCGGCGGUCGAUGUUCGGCGUGGAGACGACAGGCAUACAGAGACGAACCUUAUCUAACAGAACAAACAUGGCUGAUAAUCACCGUCACUCUGGCCUCUCUGCUGCUCAUCCGACUGGUGGUUCACUUCUUGCGGGCGAGUUGGAGAUGGCUUCUUUUCGGUUAUUCCUACACACAAGUUGCACUGAGCGACCUCAAGGGAGAGGCGCUGACUGCCAGAUUGCUUCAACUUCACUGAUACCAUAAAAAGAUGUCCUCCUUCAAUGUUAAAUAUGAAACCCUAAUGUACUAAGAUAUCUGGGAGAAAUACCCAGCGAAUGAAACAGGAACAUACAACUUUGUACAUAAAGGCAGAGAGAUGUUUUAUGUGCUCAUGCAUUAGAUGAAAACUCAAUCCAGUGACUGGAUAAACCUGCAGGAACAUUAAAGAGGUAAAACAAUGGACAAGGAGACAAGGGACUCCUCCUGCAUCGAAACAUCCAGACUGAAGGAGACACUACAGAAAACUGCACUUGAACUUCAGUAUUUAUUUCUUCAGAGACUUGUAACAACACAUUAUGUAAUAACGAGACAAGAUGUAAUAUAUUUUGUAUAUAUGAACCUUGUAUUUUAAAUAAUCUUAUUUUGAAAUACAUUAUUCUUUAUUGCAGUAGUAUAUUACUGAAUCAGCUUGAUUGUAAAUGUUUGCAUUAUUAUUUUGCAUUUUUUACAAAAUCAAAAAGUAAAACCAAAGUUAGGUAAGAAUAAGUCUUGUUCACAUGUACAGCUCCAGAUGACUUGUGGCUGUGUGCCACGUGGAGAUAGAAGUCAGGAGUUGAUGACAGUCAUGUGACCGCACUAGGUCAAGUUACUACAUUACGUCAUACAUACUGGAAACUGUC